AUUCUCCAGGUAAAGGUGCAGUUAAAUCAGAAAGCCGAGUGACACCAGACCCAACAAAAUGAAUCAAAAAUAUUUCUUGUUUAUUUGUGUGGUUUUUACGAUUUUGGGCAGCGUCUUGCUUCAAGGGCUUAACAGUAAUGUUUACAUAGAAAAGCAAUUGCUUUGUGCAUUGGACAAGGCACCAUGUGACAAUUUAGGGAAACAGAUCAAAGGUUUCUUGCCCGAAGUCAUAGGAAAAAACUGCAAAUCCUGCGACAAUAAACAAUUUGCGAAUGCUAAACGAAUAACCCGGUUCGUCCAGAACAAGUAUCCAGCAGUCUGGAAUGAGUUGGUCCGGAAGUAUGGCGACAAUCAAGAAAACUAAACUUAAGUCUUUAUAAUGUAUAUAUUAAAAAAAUAAAACUACAAUUUUGUAUUCUUAAACAGUC